AUGUCCAACCCUCAAGACUAUACCGUCGGCUGGAUAUGCGCCAUCAGCAGCGAGUAUGUUGCGGCACAGGCAUUCCUUGACGAGCAGCAUGAUGCCCCAUCAUUCGUGUCCACCAAUGACAACAACGACUACACACUGGGCAGAGUUGGAAAGCACAAUGUAGUCAUCGCCGUGGCACCCGACGGAGAACAUAGUACGAAUUCUGCAGCAAAUGUCGGCAGAGACAUGCUGCACAGCUUCACCAAUGUCCGUAUUGGCCUGUUGGUUGGCAUCGCUGGCGGCGUGCCGAGUCAAAGGCAUGAUAUACGACUCGGCGACAUUGUGGUCAGUGCCCCUCGCGAUGGGAAAGGCGGGGUAUUCCAGUACGACUACGGCAAAGAGGAACAGAAUCAAGCAUUUCAGACCACCGGAUUCCUCAAUCAGCCACCACAGAUUCUCCGGACAGCCGUCGCGGGCUUGAGGGCGCAAUACGAGAGCGAGGGCCAUCGUCUUAAGGAAAUGAUUCAUACCAUGCUUGACAAUAAACCAAGACUACAGGAGAAGUACCGGCGACCGGACCCGAAAACAGACUGUCUAUACCGGUCAGACGUGGCUCAUCCUCUGAAUGAUGAGAGAGAUUGUUCCGAAAGCUGUGCUCCAGCGAAGAUUGUUUUCCGGAUCCCUCGAACCGAAGACGAGGAUGACCCUGCCAUCCACUACGGAUUGAUUUCUUCGGCGAAUCGAGUGAUACAGGAUGCAUCAAUUCGGGACACGGCAGCAAAGCUUGGUGUUCUGUGUUUCGAGAUGGCCGCAGCAGGUCUCAUGAACCACUUUCCUUGCCUGGUGAUCCGCGGCAUAUGCGACUACUCGGACUCCCACAAGAAUAUACGUUGGCAGGGAUAUGCUGCCAUGGCGGCCGCUGCGUAUGCGAAAGACCUCCUCCUUCGAAUCUCACCAAACAGAGUGGAAGCUGAGAGGAGAAUCAUCGACGCAUCUUCGGACUCUCUCUUGGGUGAGCAACACUCAAAAGCUUAG